AUGGAAGAUGCUCAUACGAAAACGGGCGAUGAGGUUUGCCGUUUCUUCAACGUUGGACCAGACGGGCUAACAGAGAGCCAGGUAGACGUCUUGAGGGAGAAAUAUGGCUACAAUGAAAUGCCUGCGGAAGAAGGAAAGUCCAUCUGGGAACUUAUUUUUGAGCAAUUUGAUGAUCUCCUUGUCAAGAUUCUUCUUCUCGCCGCUAUAAUUUCUUUUGUCUUAGCACUGUUCGAGGAACAUGAUGACCAGACAGAUGCCGUUACAGCUUUCGUUGAACCUUUCGUUAUUCUUCUUAUUCUUAUCGCAAACGCUACCGUCGGAGUUUGGCAGGAGCGGAAUGCAGAAUCUGCCAUAGAAGCUUUAAAAGAGUACGAACCAGAAAUGGCUAAGGUUGUACGGUCAGGAACUCAUGGUAUACAAAUGAUACGAGCGCGUGAGCUUGUUCCCGGGGAUAUUGUUGAAGUUUCUGUCGGUGACAAGAUUCCUGCUGACCUUCGACUGCUGAAGAUCUACUCGACAACGAUACGUAUCGAUCAGUCCAUUCUAACUGGUGAAUCCGUCUCAGUAAUCAAGCACACCGAAGCCGUUCCUGAUCCCCGUGCCGUGAAUCAAGACAAGAAGAAUUGUCUAUUUUCCGGCACAAACGUAGCUUCUGGAAAGGCUCGUGGAAUAGUAUUCGGUACUGGAUUAUCCACUGAAAUUGGAAAGAUUCGUACUGAAAUGGUUGAGACCGAAAGCGAUAAGACUCCACUUCAGCAAAAGCUUGAUGAGUUCGGCGAGCAAUUGUCUAAGGUCAUCUCCAUCAUCUGUGUUGCUGUGUGGGCUAUCAACAUCGGUCACUUCAACGAUCCUGCCCAUGGCGGUUCAUGGAUCAAAGGCGCCAUCUACUAUUUCAAAAUCGCUGUAGCACUUGCUGUGGCUGCCAUUCCUGAAGGUCUUCCGGCCGUCAUCACAACUUGCCUUGCCCUUGGUACUCGACGGAUGGCAAAGAAGAAUGCUAUUGUUCGUUCAUUACCUUCCGUGGAAACUCUGGGAUGCACAUCUGUGAUUUGCUCCGAUAAGACCGGAACACUGACAACGAAUCAAAUGUCUGUAUCGAAAAUGUUCAUCGCGCAGCAUGCCUCAAACGACAACAUUGACUUCAAUGAGUUCACAAUCACUGGUUCAACCUACGAACCUUCUGGAAAAGUGUUCUUCCAUGGAAAGGAGGUUAACUGUGCUGGUGGUGACUUCGAUGCCCUCACUGAGCUUGCCACUAUUUGUGCUAUGUGCAAUGACUCGGCAGUGGACUACAAUGACACAAAGAAAGUCUAUGAAAAGGUCGGAGAGGCUACCGAAACAGCGCUGGUUGUUCUCGCUGAGAAGAUGAACGUGUACGGUACACCAAAGUCUGGAUUGUCACCUCGCGACCUCGGCAACGUCUGCAACCGUGUUAUCCAACAAAAGUGGCGAAAGGAGUUCACUCUGGAAUUCUCUCGUGAUCGCAAAUCAAUGUCAUCGUACUGUGUGCCCGCUGCUGGCGGAUCUGGAGCUAAGAUGUUCGUUAAAGGCGCGCCAGAAGGAGUUCUUGGCAGAUGCACUCAUGUUCGUGUGAACAACCAGAAAAUACCGCUUACGCCUGCAAUGACUCAAAAGAUUGUCGACAAGUGUGUACAAUAUGGUACUGGGCGAGACACUCUCCGUUGUCUUGCUUUGGGAACGAUCGACAACCCUGUCUCCCCGAAUGAGAUGAAUCUUGAGGAUUCAUCGCAGUUUACAAAAUAUGAGCGUGACAUCACAUUCGUCGGUGUAGUUGGUAUGCUCGAUCCACCACGUACUGAGGUUAUGAGCUCAAUCAGGGAAUGUAAUCAUGCUGGAAUUCGUGUGAUCAUGAUUACUGGUGACAAUAAGAACACUGCAGAAGCAAUCGGAAGACGUAUUGGUCUUUUCACUGAGGACGAAGAUACCACUGGCCUUGCUUUCACUGGACGAGAAUUUGACGAUCUCCCACCUGAGCAGCAGUCGGACGCCUGCAGACGAGCAAAACUAUUCGCUCGAGUCGAGCCUGCUCAUAAAUCGAAGAUUGUCGAUAUUUUGCAAAGCCAUGGAGAGAUCACAGCCAUGACUGGAGAUGGUGUCAAUGACGCACCCGCUCUGAAGAAGGCUGAAAUCGGAAUUGCAAUGGGAUCUGGAACUGCUGUCGCUAAGUCGGCGUCCGAAAUGGUUUUGGCCGAUGACAACUUCGCGUCCAUCGUCGCAGCUGUUGAAGAGGGCCGUGCAAUUUACAAUAAUAUGAAACAAUUCAUUCGGUAUCUCAUCUCAUCAAAUGUCGGAGAAGUCGUGUCGAUCUUCCUCGUUGCCGCUCUGGGUAUUCCUGAAGCUCUCAUUCCUGUUCAACUUUUGUGGGUCAAUUUGGUAACUGAUGGUCUGCCUGCAACUGCCCUUGGCUUCAAUCCACCUGAUUUGGAUAUCAUGGAGCGUCAUCCGCGAUCUGCGAGCGAAGGACUUAUUUCUAAAUGGUUGUUCUUCCGUUACCUUGCAGUAGGAACUUAUGUCGGAGUUGCUACCGUUGGAGCAGCGAUGUGGUGGUUCCUGAUUUACGAGGACGGUCCUCAAAUUACUUACUACCAACUAACUCACUGGAUGAGAUGCGAGAUUGAACCUGAGAACUUUGCUGAUCUGGACUGCGCCGUAUUUGAAGAUAACCAUCCUAACGCAAUGGCGCUAUCCGUACUCGUAACGAUUGAGAUGCUCAACGCUAUCAACUCACUAUCUGAGAAUCAAUCGUUACUCAUUAUGCCACCCUGGAAGAACAUGUGGUUGUGCUCGGCCAUUGCUUUGUCAAUGUCGCUUCACUUCGUCAUCCUAUACGUAGACAUUAUGGCCACUAUCUUCCAGAUCACUCCUUUAUCUUUUGCCGAAUGGAUGGCAGUGCUUAAGAUCUCAUUCCCAGUUUUACUUCUCGACGAAAUCCUUAAAUUCUUCGCUCGCAACUACAUCGACGGUAAGCCCGCUAAUCGCGCAGACAACAUACGGUCGAUCAUCUCCCUGAUCGGCCUAGGUGCUAUGUGGUUUGCGUACUUUGGUUGGAUGUUAGGUCCUUAUGCAAAGAGUAUUGAACGUGCAUUUGGUAGCCCGGUAGUGCGUGUGCAUACCGAACUUUAA